GGGGACUUCAUACCAGAACCACUGCUGUAGCUGAUGCGGCUGCAUGUUUUUGAACAGAAAGGGAGUUUGCGCGCAGCUGCUGUGUCGCAGCUUGAAGUUUUUGAACGUUUACAGAGAGUUUAUUUUUUUCCUGUUUCGUCUCUUUUCAACAUCUUUAACCGAAGAGCGCUUCAUCUGCUAUGGUUGUUAGGGGAAAGUAAUUUUUCAUCUUUUCAUUUCAUUUUAUUUUAUUUUAUUUUUAUUUUUUAUUUUUUUUCACCGUUUUCUCCAGAUGUUUAGAGAUACUUGGAGACUGGCACAGUACCACACCAUGAGGUCGAUGGAUCAAGAUGACCCCAACCUUGCAUCUCACAAAGUCCUCAGUCCUGAGUCUGAGCAGGCUUUCCCUCUGGAGGAGGCCUCCCCAUACGGCAUCAAGUCCUGUAGUCCCCCCUACAGCGAACACAACACUGAGGUUCUCUCAGGAUAUGACAACCAGGAGGCCAGAAACUUCCUGGACAAUACCCGUCCUGCAGGCCUGGCUCUAAGCCCGCGGAUCGAAAUCACUCCCUCCCGUGAGCACUACAACCAUGGUCGGGACUCCCUGCAGAACCACCACCUGAACAUUAGUCCCAGACCCACCCUCACUGUGCCCGGGCAUGAAAACCUCGCCUACCGUGAGCCCCAGUGCCUGAGUCCCGCCAGCAGCAACUCCUCCACCAGCUGGCACUCGGAGAGCUACUCCCCUUGGGCGUCUCCUUGUGUGUCCCCCAGCAGUGGCCAGAACCCCGGAGACCUCUGCCCCAGAUUACAGAACAUCCACACUGGCUCCCCGCGCACCUCCCCGGGCACCUCUCCUCGCACCAGCCUAGCUGAGGACAGCCUGGGACAGCGCUCACCCUCCCCCAGGCCUGGCUCCCGCUCCACCUCCCCACAGGGAAAACGCACCUACGACAUGUACAGGAAUCCAGGCUUAGUCCCUGGACACCGCUCCCGCAGUCCCUCCCCCCACAGCGGCCAUGAAGACCACAACAUAGGUGCCCACUAUACACACAGCAGCCUUGCUGAUGCCAUGAAUGGUUUUGGCACUGGUCAGCCAGGCCUGGUGCCCACCAAAAUAGUCAAGACAUCCAACCAGGUUUACACUCUGUACCCAGAGAAUCAUGGAGAGGGGAACUUCUUGGUGUCCUGUGACCAGGACAUAAAAACCAAACCUCCUGCAGAGCCUUUCUUUGUUAUCCCAUCAAUCUGGUCCAAGCCGCUGGUUCCCAGCAUUUACAGCAUCCCAGAGGCUUCUCUCCCUCCGCUGGAAUGGCCCAUCCCCAGUCGCACCGACCAGUAUGAACUCCACAUCGAGGUGCAGCCCAAGCCGCACCACAGAGCUCACUAUGAGACAGAGGGCAGCAGGGGUGCAGUCAAAGCCCCCACCGGAGGACAUCCUGUCGUACAGCUACAUGGCUACAGAGGCAAGGAGCCACUUGGCCUGCAGAUCUUCAUUGGUACAGCAGAUGAGCGCAUCCUCAAGCCCCAUGCCUUUUACCAAGUUCACCGCAUCACGGGCAAGACGGUCACGACCACCAGCUUUGAGAAAAUUAUCAACGGCACCAAAGUCCUUGAGAUCCCCCUGGAGCCAAAGAACAACAUGAAAGCAAUAAUCGACUGUGCUGGGAUCCUAAAGCUGAGGAACGCUGACAUCGAGCUGAGGAAGGGCGAGACGGACGUCGGCCGGAAAAACACCCGCGUUCGUCUUGUGUUUCGUGUGCACAUACCUCAGCCCGGAGGACAACACGUCUCCCUCCAGGUGGCCUCGCAUCCCAUCGAGUGCUCUCAGCGUUCAGCACAUGAGCUUCCCAUGGUGGAGAAGCAGGACAUAGACAGCUGCUCUGCUCUGGGCGGCCAGCAGAUGAUCCUGACCGGGCAGAACUUCAGCUCCGACUCCAAAGUCAUUUUUAUGGAGAAAACACAGGAUGGGCAGCAGAUUUGGGAAAUGGAAGCAACAGUGGACAAAGACAAAAGCCAGCCUAGUAUGCUGUUUGUGGAGGUGCCGUCCUACCGAGACACGUCUCUCUGCCAUUCUGUCAAAGUGAACUUCUAUGUCAUCAACGGGAAGAGGAAGCGCAGCCAGCCUCAGCAUUUCACUUACACACCACUGGCAUGUAAGAAUGCUGCUCAGCCUCUCUGUGCUCCAUCCAUCAAGACAGAGCCUGUAGAUGAGUAUGAAGCCGACCACAUGGGCUUUGCCAUGCCUCAGAUCUUGGGCUUAUCCCCUCAUUCCUAUUACCAGCGUCCUCCGGCCAGCGUCCUCCACCCAGACAACGGCCUGAUCUCCGGCAUGGCCUCCUGCCAGCGUCUCAGCUCCAGCCUUCCAAGCCAAGACGCGCGUUUCCAGCAGCAGAGCCCGGCCAUCGUCUACUCUCGCGGGGGCAAAAGUCUGAGCGGCAGCCCCGGCCUUUAUCAGCAGACUGGAGGGAUGAUUCCCGACCCCCAUCGGUCGGUCCUGGUCCACACGGGCUCCCCGGCUCAGUCUGUAGGUCCCAUCAGUGCAAGCCAGCACCCUUCUAUCAUUCAGUUCUCCCCCACCAACCACCACCUGCUUCGGGCAGGGGACCCUCAACCUCUCACUGCUCCGCAGCCUGACACCCAGCAGAUCAUCUACUGCGAUGGCUACUCCCCUCAGGCAGCCACCGCCCACUCACCCACACCCCCGCAGGCUCAGGCAGCAGUGACCCACCCUCAGCACUAUCCCACCGUGAUCCAGCAGCAGCCCUAUGUGCAGAAGGGGCAGCAGAAAAGUCGGGCUCCCCCCGGCACAGGGCAGAUGGAGGCUUCGGGAGACGGACAGAGGAGGGUGACGGUCAAAGAGGAGAACCUGGACCAGGCCUACCUAGAUGAUGGUGAGUUGAAUGAGAUCAUAAGAAAGGAUCUGACGGGCGUUCAGGCCAGAGGGCAGACAUAGAGGAGGGACUGGAGCAGGAAAUGACAACAUAUUCCCCAACACAGGCACACACACGUACACCGGCACACACCGUCUUCAACCUUCCAGUGAGGUGACGCACUUCCGCCGACAAUCAGACCUUUUCUUCCUCAUUUUCUUUACCUAUUGAGAUACAAAUAUCAGCUCCGGACCGGCGUGUUUGCUUUGGAUUUUUUCCUGCAAUAAACAUCUGACAAACGGAAGAGUUCAUCUGACCCAUUACGUCUGCCACCGACACCCAGAAGUUUUCCCACAAUCCACUGAGAAACAACAGGCAUAUGUGCCUUAUUUUUGCUUCUUUUCUCUUCAGGUUUGCUUUACAAAGGAAGACGAAGAUCAAAUCAGGGCAAUUAAAAUCCUCAGAGUAUCUCCAGCCAUACUGCCCUGGCAGUAAAAUCACAUGUUUGCCUCAGACUUGCGAAAGAUGGCUAUGGAGCAGUUCAAAAGAAAUUAGUCAGAUUUCUUUGUGAAGAAACUUGAUUGGUCAGCAGGUUAAAAUCACACCAAAAAUUCACCCCAAAUGCAACAUAUCAAAUAUUUCUUCUGGCCAAAAGCUUGUUAUCUUUUUGUUUAAUUCUUCUUGCACAAAGUGUGUAUUCUGUCUGUGUGUAACUUUGAAUGCGGUUUUAUGUGAAAAGAUUGUCCUAAGCUCACAUGCUGAUCAUCUCAUUUUAAGUGCAGUUUUCUUGUUAAAGUGAAACGCACACUGCCUUAACCAUAUACAAAUGAACUAUUGUGACACCUCCUAACAUGCACUGUUUUCAAUAACAGGGGGUCAUCAUUAUUACUUUUUUUAUAUAUAAUAUUGAGUCAUGUGAAUAAUGUACCAUUUUAUAUUAGUAAAAUAUCUAAUGUAGGUGAUAUGCCAAAGUGGCUUCACAGCCAGGGGCCUGUGAAGCAACCAUGAGAGCAUGGGUCUACGUUUUCUUUUAAUGAUUUCUGUGCCUGGACUGAUUUUUGUUUUCAAUCUUGCAUUUAACAUCGUUUAAAAAUGUAUCUGAAGUCUGGCUCAUGAAAGCAGAAGUAAGAGAUUUUGUACACUCAGAUUUAAAGGUGGUUUUCUUGCUUUUUUUUUUCACUUUUUUCAAAAGUUUGUCUCUUUUAUUUGUAUUUCUCUAAAGUGAUUGUAAGAACAUCUGUGGCUGUUUUCACAGUCUAACACAAAAUAUCCAAAGCUUAUACUCUGUGUAUUGUUUUGUGUAUUUCUGAAUUUUGAGUCUACCUGUAAUGACAAUCAGUAUACUCAGAGCUCAAUGCCUGCCUAUGCAGUAGCUUCAUGCUUGCCGAUGUAAAGAGCGUACAUCUUAUUUUCUAUUUACUGUAAGCACAACAGGGAGAUGCAGUGUGGGUUACUGAUGUGCUAAUACAGCUUGUUUUGAUGAAAGAAAAAAAAAAACAGUUUAAAAACUUAUUUUGUAAUGUAAUGUAAGAUUUCACUGAGUAUCUUAAAA